GGUCAUCAGAAGCGAGAAGUUCUCCCGUGGAGCAUCAUGUUCAGAUCAAGAUACGUGGCUUUAGUGGCUUUAGCCCUGCUGGCGGUGGCAGCGGCUUUACCCCUCGAAGAGGAUCCGGAAAAUACAGUGACUGGUAAGGACGAAACUGGACUUAUGGAUAAGUUGAAUUCGCGCUGCUCUAAAAGAGAGGCGUCCGCCUGCCUCAUGCUCAAGUUGGUUGCGUACGUCAACCGCCUCCUCAAAAAGGCCGACAUCCCGGUCGCCGACGGCCUCGAGAUAAGUCGGACUUCCGAGGAGACGACCGACGACGGAUUGAGCGACGCACGGGGAGCCAAGACCGACGAGGAAGCCGUCGGCAACUUGAUCGCCGGAAAAAUGUGGACUUUCGUCAAGUCGCGGUCCCUACGCUGGGAGAUCGUCCCCGGGUCUGAAGUCGUUCUCAGCACAUCUCCGGACUCAGAGGGACAACUCAGCAUCGACCUUUCUUUAAGGGAAGCACCUAAGGAAACCGGUAGGGGUAAAAAAAACAACUUCGGACCGCUGCUCGCCGCGGGCGCGAUGAAGAUCGGUAUGGUAGGAGUUCUCGCAUUCAAAGCUUUGGCCCUCCUGGUCGGAAAAGCUCUCCUCGUUUCCAAAUUGGCCUUCCUCCUCGCCGCGGUCAUCGGCCUCAAGAAACUUUUCUCUCACCAGAAACACGUCACGUACGAAGUCGUGGCCCAUCCGCAUCACUCCCACAGCCACACUUCUGAACACGGCCACGGAGGAGAUUCUUACAGCUCCGGCUGGGGGAGGUCCAUCGACGUCGCUCCUGCGAAAGCUGCCGGCUCAGAAGCCGACGCUCAGAAGCUCGCCUACAAAGCCCACGCACAAUAAAUUUGCCGAAGAGUCUGCGAAGACUUCCUGCUCAAUCACAAAAAUUAUUUAUUUAUUUAUGAAAUCAAGUCUUUAAUUUAUUUAAAUUAUUUGUUAAACUUUAAAAGAAAUGUAAAUUUCGACUCGACUAUAAGUUAGCUGCGAGGUAGCCUCGUGUGAAUGGCUAGUGAACGACUCGACCAACGACUCUGGAAAGACCUCGACGGCAGACGACCAAUAAAAGCGAAAAACCAAAGAAGACGAAACUAAGACGAGACGGACGACGGAUCGGACAAAAAGACCAACUAACUACGGACAGAAGGGACGUUACAGAUUUAGGAGUAAUUACACCAGACGAAGGAGCGUCUUAAGAUAUCUCAGACCAAAGAAAUAUAAACAUACUUAAUGAACUCGACACGACUCUAAAUACGACGUUGACUUAACAGAAACAGACACGAAAUAACUAACACGGAAACACGCCAGUAACCCGUCGCAAACAGGAACACAGACAGCAAACGUUUGUAAAUAAUUUCCACUGUUUUUGUAAAUACCCGUAUUUAUGAA